UCGGCAGAGCCUCUGGUUUGGCCUUCGCCAUUAAAGUUCAUCAGCGAGCUGGAUCGAGAUGCAAAGGCUCUGUUAGAGGCAGCUUUGAUGGAAGCUAACAGGGAAAGGGAGAAGAAGAUCUUGAAGGGGACGGCGUAUUCCUCGCCAUCCCCUGCACAUUCAGAAGAUGGAAUUGAUGAUGAUAUCUCCGAGACGAGCGACGCGGAGGUCUGCUGCAUCUGCUUCAGCCAAGUCUGCACCAUUGAGGUCCAAGACUGUGGGCACGAGAUGUGCGCACACUGCACAUUGGCUCUAUGCUGCCACAACAAGCCGCAUCCGGCGACCUUGUGCCGACCAACUCCGGCUUGCCCCUUCUGCCGCGGCAGCAUAGCCCGGCUGGUCGUGGCCAAGGCCAGGGAUGAUGGAGACAAGGGCAGCUCAAAGCUGAGGCGGUCGAGGAGUUCUUGGAAUUUCAGCGAGGGAAGCAGCAGCUUCAAAGGCCUAUCAUCUUCUGCCAUGGGAUCAUUCAGAAGGAUGGGUCGUGGUUCAGGACGGAUAGACGAUAGCAACGAUAUGGUGGGCAAGCCUUAGCACACCCCAAUACACGAAAGCUUGAACAGUCAGUCCAUGGCUUUUCUGCUGUAGAUUCUCGCAUUCUGAAGCCAAAAGCAGAACCCCAAUACCAUCGUGCUUUUGCCAAAUCCCCGGGAGUUCAUGUCUACUUUCGUAGCAUUGUAAACCUCCAGAUCCACCGCGAUUAGGGUGGUCUACUUUCUUUGGAGGGUGGAGAAGAUGGGCUGCACUUCUGCCUCUCUCUACUUUCAUAGCUUCAGAUAUGUAUGAUGGAACUAUUCAAAUCUAAAAGACUGUUUGGCCGUCGGCUAUCAUGUGGCUGCUAUGAUAUACCACAGUUCGGUGGUUCGUCCGUAUUGGCUUUGCAUUGCUCUCGUGUGGUCUGUGUCCCAAAAUUGGCUUUUUAGGUGGCUGGACUUGUGGGAUCCCUUGGAUGAUGCGGGCACCUGGCCGAACUGCUCGAGCUAAGCAUGUCUCUAUUAUUUAAAGAUAGCGUGGCACCUAACUUUGUCGGGGGUGGGGCCCCCGAGAUCUACCAAGUUGUCGAGGUGUAUUGGAACGUGGAGGAGCCUCCCGUACCCUACCUUUGGAGAUUUCUCCUUGUUCUUUUCUUCCUUCCCUCCCUCCGUGUGAAGGUAAUAAAGAAAGACCUGGCUUGUGUGGA